AUGCAACAGCAGACCCAGUGGCACCAGCUGUUCCAUCAGCGGCAGCAGCAGCAUCGGCAGCAUUGUUCAAAGGUGGCAAAUGCAGGCAUCCUGCUGACCAGAUUGUUCGACGAUAGCGAAUCAACAUCGCUGACAGAUUCGCUCACAGAGGACGAGGAGGUAGAGGCUGGGGUAUCGCAGAUGAACGAGGACGAGAUAUAUUGGCGGCUGGGGGAGUGUGGGGCAGCGGCAUUUGUUGAGCGGGGACGGACGGCAACUUGGAGACGGCACCACCAGUUGGUCACAGAGGACAGAGACAGUAACAGCAUUUGGCCGCAGGCGAUGGAGACUUCGCGGAACGAUCACCGGGAGAUGGAGUCUGGGAGGUGUGGAGAGGAGCGCGUGGUGACGUGGCGCGGCGCAGCCGGCUCGGUGCUGAAGCACAACGUGCGCUUCCUGUGCCUGCUGGGCGUGUGGCCGGCGUGCCGCGGCAGCGCCUACCACGCCUUCGGCGCGCUCGUGGUGGCGCUGUGCGGCACGCACAUGGCCUUCGUGGUGCUGGGCGUCGGCCAGGGCUCGGAGGACCUGCAGGAGACGACGCUGGCGCUGACCAACGCGUUCGCCGUGAGCGGCGGCGCCGCCAAGGUGGCGCUGCUGCUGCGCGGCCGGCGCCGCUUCUACGCGCUCGUGCGCCGCCUCGACCGGCUGGUGGCCGCGCAGGCCGACCACCGCCGCGCCGACGCCCGCCGGCAGGCCGCGUUCGAAACGUUCCACAAGAAGGCGGUGCGCCUCACGUUCCUCCUGCACACCUACCUCUUCCUGCUGUCCUUCGUCUGGUUCCCGAUGCCGCUGAUCGCCCAGCGCGGCGAGCGGAGGCUGCCGUUCGUGCAGCUGUCGUGGCUCGACACGAGCCAGCUCGCCGUCUACGCGGCCACCUACACCCUGCAGUGCGCCGGCACCUUCCUGCUCGCCUUCGCCACGGUCAGCGUCGACUGUUUCUUCGUCGCCAUCAUGGUCCACGUCUCCGUACAACUGAGAAUUCUAUCGUCCCGCAUAAACGCUUUGGGACUUCGCACUAACCUCGCCGGGUCGGCGAGGAACUUCGAAAGAGACGUGAGUGGGGAGGCGUCGGAUAUUCAGAAAGACAUGUACACAGAGCUUCGCUUGUGUAUUCAGUAUCACCAAGAUAUCUUAAGGUUCGUGCGGUACCUGGACAGCGUGAUGAGUCCGCUGGCCAUGACACAGUUCAUCUCCGGCGUGCUGCUGGCCUGCGUCGCUCUGUUCCAGGCCACACUUAGCCCGGACGUCAGCGCUGUGUUCCGGUGUGCGGCGGCGCUGCCGACGCCCACGAUGCAGAUCUACCUCUACUGCUGGGGCGCCGAGGACGUCGUGCAGCAGGGCGAGGCGGUGUCGCUGGCGGCGUACAGCUGCGGCUGGCAAGAGGCGGGUGGCCGGUUCCGGCGUGCGCUGCGCAUCCUCAUGAGCCGCGCUCAGAAGCCAAUCCUGCUCACCGCGGGCGGCGUCUACGUCAUCAACAGGGCCACCUUCAUCUCGGAAGAUUAA